AUGUUUUUCUUUCCCCACUUCAUCUUUGUUAUUCCUCUCUUUUCCACAUUAUCUCUAUUCCAUUUCAUCUCUCUCUUUUUCCAUCUUGUCUCUCUCUCUCUCUUUUUCCAUUUUGUCUCUCUCUCUCUCUCUUUUUCCAUUUUGUCUCUCUCUCUCUCUUCCUCUUGUCUCUUUUCCAUCUUGUCUCUUCUCUCUCUCUCUUUCCAUCUUAGUCUCUCUCUUCUUCUUCCCAUCUCUUCUCAUUUCUCUCUCUCUCUUUUUCCAUCUCGUCUCUCCCUUUCUCUCUCUCUCUCUUCUUUCCAUCUCUUUCUCUUCCCUCUCUCUCUCUCCUUUUCCAUCUUGUCUCUCCUCUCUCUCUCUUUUCCAUCUCGUCUCUCCCUCUCUCUCUCUCUUUUUCCAUCUCGUCUCUCCCUCUCUCUCUCUCUUUUUCCAUCUCGUCUCUCCCUCUCUCUCUCUCUUUUUCCAUCUCGUCUCCCUCUCUCUCUCUCUUUUUUGAUCUUGUCUCUCCCUCUCUCUCUCUGUUUCCAUCUCGUCUCUCCCUCUCUCUCUCUCUUUUAUAAGUCUCCUCUCUCUCUCUCUUUUCCAUCUCGUAAUCUCUCUCUCUCUUUUCGUCUCUCUCUCUUUUUCUUUCCCCCACUUCAUCUUUUUCUCUAUCUCUCUCUCUUUUUUCCGUCUUCUCUCUUUCCAUUUCAUCUCUCUCUCUCUUUCCAUUUUCCGUCUCUCUCUCUCUCUCCUUUUCCAUUUUGUCUCUCUCUCUCUCUUUUUCUCUCUCUUUUUCCGUCUCGUCUCUCUCUCUCUCUCCUUUUCCGUCUCGUCUCUCUCUCUCUCUCUUUUUUUCCAUUUCUCUCUCUCUCUCUCUCUCUUUUUCCAUUUUGUCUCUCUCUCUCUCUCUUUCCAUCUCUCUCUCUCUCUCUCUCUCCAUCUUUCGUCUCUCUCUCUCUCUCUUUUUCCAUCUCGUCUCUCUCUCUCUCUCUUUUCCCAUCUAGUCUCUCUCUCUCUCCCUUUCCAUCUUGUCUCUCUCUCUCUCUCUUUUCCAUCUCUCUCUCUCUCUCUCUCCUUUUCCAUCUAGUCUCUCUCUCUCUCCAUUUCCGUUUCUCUCUCUCUCUCCUUUUCCAUUUUGUCUCUCUCUCUCUUUUCCAUCUUUCUCUCUCUCUCUCUCUCUCUCUCUUUUCCAUCUUGUCUCUCUCUCUCUCUCUCUCUCUUUUCAUCUCUCUCUCUCUCUCUCUCCUUUUCCGUCUCGUCUCUCUCUCUCUCUCCUUUUCCGUCUCGUCUCUCUCUCUCUCUCCUUUUCCGUCUCGUCUCUCUCUCCUUUUCCGUUCUCUCUCUCUCUCUCCUUUUCCGUCUAGUCUCUCUCUCUCUCUCCCUUUUCCGUCUCUCUCUCUCUCUCUUUUUUCCGUCUCUCUCUCUCUCUCUCUUUUUUUUUCAUCUCGUCUCUCUCUCUCUCUUUUUUUUCCAUCUCGUCUCUCUCUCUCUCUCUCUUUUUUCCGUCUCGUCUCUCUCUCUCUCUCUUUCCAUUUCCGUCGUCUCUCUCCUCCUUUCUCUCAUUUCUUUUUCAUUUCAUCUUCGUUUACUCUUCCCUUUCUUCUUAUUCACUUCUUUUUGUUUACUAAAGUGUCCAUUUUUCUGUCUGCCUACCUCUCUCUCUUUCUCUCUGUUUGUCCGCCUCUCUCUCUCUCUCUCUCUCUUUGUCUGUCUGCCUCUGUCUCUGUCUUCCUCUCUCUCUCUCUGUCUUCCUCUCUCUCUCUCUCUUUGUCUGCCUCUCUCUCUCUCUGUUUGUCUGCCUCUCUCUCUCUCUGUUUGUCUGCCUCUCUCUCUCUGUUUGUCUGCCUCUCUCUCUCUCUGUCUUCUCUACUCUGUCCCUCUUUCCCCACUCUCUCCUUCUCUUUGUCUAUUUUUUUUACUUUAUCUCUCUUUCUCUCUCUCUCUCUCUCUGAUGGAUUACACCAACCACGAGAAGAUGAAGAAACUUCAUAUACUGAUGAACAACUCAAGUUGAUGCAUUCACAAGAUUUAAAAUAUAUUCGAAUGAAACGAAUGACAGAAGCAAAUAAAAUAAAGCGCCUGAAAUCUGAACUUCACCUGUUAGAUUGUGAUGAAGAAGUAAAAAACAAACACACCAUAUUCGUUGACAGAGACAAAGAUGUCCAAAAAUUUGAUGCUGCUAAACAUUUCCAAACCCUCCCUGAAUUAGUAAAUCGGAGACAUAACCGUAUCCGACCAGAUCAACUUGAACGUAUUGAUUUCAGCAAAAGUUAUUCCUCAGAAACUCUUGAGGUAAGCAAAAUUAUUUUUUUAACUGCUCCCACCUCACACUUGCUUUUUUCUUCUUCUUUUUUUUUUCUUUUUUUUUUCUUUUUUCCCUUUCUUUUUUCUUUUUUCCCUUUCUUUUUUUCUUUUUCCACUUUGUUUUUUUUUCUUUCUUUUUUCCCUUUCUUUCUUCUUUUUUCCCUUUCUUUCUUCUUUUUUCCCUUUCUUUCUUCUUUUUUCCCUUUCUUUCUUCUUUUUUCCCUUUCUUUCUUCUUUUUCCCUUUCUUUCUUCUUUUUUCUUUCUUCUUUCUUCUUUUUUCUUUCUUCUUUUUUCUUUCUUCUUUUUUCUUUCUUCUUUUUUCUUUCUUCUUUUUCUUUCUUCUUUUUUCUUUCUUCUUUUUCUUUCUUCUUUUUUCUUUCUUCUUUUUCUUUCUUCUUUUUCUUUCUUCUUUCUUUCUUCUUUUUUUUUUUCUUUCUUCUUUUUCUUUCUUCUUUUUUCUUUCUUUCUUUUUUUUUUUCUUUUUUCUUUUUCUUUCUUCUUUUUUUUCUUUCUUCUUUUUUUCUUUCUUUUUUUCUUUCUUUUUUUUUUUCUUCUUUUUCUUUUUUCUUUCUUCUUUUUUCUUUCUUCUUUUUUUCUUUCUUUUUUUCUUUCUUCUUUUUUUUUCUUUUUUCUUUCUUCUUUUUUUCUUUUUUCUUCUUUUUUCUUUCUUCUUUUUUCUUUCUUCUUUUUUCUUUCUUCUUUUUUCUGCAAUUAGCUUUCAAAUCUUGAUAUCUUUCUUUUAA